UGUGAAGUAUUUUUUUUUUCCGGUGUUAAGCGGGUCUGACUUAUUAUAUCGGUUCUGCAUUAGAUAAAGGGCGUUCACUGGGAUAAUUGAUUAUUUUUUUGCCUUGUUUUUGUACAGUUGCUUCAUUUUCAGGACGUGGAUAGGAACUUUUGUUCAGUCAGCGUAGUUACUACUAGUGCGCGUACACGUCGUGGAUGGAGCACAUACUCAUGCCCUCACCGGCACCCGCAGUCAGUCAGUGGCAUCACAAAUGAAUACGUUCACUUAAAUUAUAAAUUAUGUGUGGUGAUCAAUGAGAGAAGGUAAAAUCGGACAGUGCAGAUUUUUUUGUCAGAUUUUCAGAUGAAUACACGGCGGCGUGUCGUGUCUGUCUCAGUUUGAAAAUACUUCUUGUGCCGGCUGAUGAUUUGGUGUGAAUCUCUGACUAUUUUGGCUGAAUCUACAGUCUGAGUCUGUGUUAACCUCUAGUCUUCUGGAAGAAAUUACUGCUAGAACUGAAUGCAUUUUCCUUAAAAGGAAUAAUCAUGCUGAUUUAAUCCCUUUGCGACAAGAGGGUUUCACAGAACAUGGUUAUGUGAGCAAUGCCAUGGGAGUUAGUAUGACGAGUGGAUUCAGCACCGAUGGUUCUCUGGCCAUUCAUCAUCGCCUUGAUGUUGGAACAGUAGGGAAGACUCCGACCGAAAGGCUUGAAGAGUUCUAUCAGAUUAAGGAGACACGUGACUUCAUCAACAAUAAUAAUUUCCAUCUAGUGGCGCUGCAGUUCCCAGACAACCUGCUGGUCGAUUCCCUUCCAGUAGCGUCAAAACUCGAGAAUGGAACUGGUGCAAAAUUAUACAUCUUGGGAGACACUUCCUAUGGCAGCUGCUGUGUGGAUGAGGUUGCAGCGGAGCAUGCCGGGGCCCAGUGCGUGGUGCAUUAUGGAAGUGCGUGCCUCAGUCCCUCGAGGAGACUUCCCCUCAUGUAUGUAUUUGGAAAGAAGACCAUUGACCUUCAGAAGUGCGCCGCGGCCUUUCGGCAAUUCUACCCCGAUCACAAGAGCCAUGUGGUCAUCCUGUAUGAUGUCACCUAUUCGCACGUCAUAGAUGAUUUCCUCAUCCUCCUGCAACCCCAGUAUGAAAAUGUGGUGGCCUCUACCCUGCAUGUGGAUGGAGUGCUCUGCAAAAGUCAGGGACAGAUCCUUAGGCAAAACGAAGAUGGAUAUAUAGACAAUCAGAAAGGCCUUUACGGAGAUCGAUUUGUCAAUAAAUUUGGACGACAGUUUGUCUUAAACGAAGGAUGCAGUAUUGAUCACCACAGUAUGUUCUUCAUUGGAAAGGAGGGCGCAACUUUAACGAAUUUUAUGAUGACCUGGAACAAGUGCUCCUUCUGCUCAUUUGACCCAGAGACAGGUGCAGGGAGGGUUGAGACAGUCAAUGUCAACAAGGCUCUGAUGAAGAGAUACUACUUGGUAGAGAGGGCGAAAGAUGCGGCCGUGGUGGGCAUCCUGGUAGGUACACUUGGGGUUGCUAACUACCUAGCCAUCAUCGAACAGCUGAAGGAGCUCAUUCGUCAGGCUGGAAAGAAGAGCUACAUGUUUGCCAUGGGCAAGUUGAACGUUCCCAAGCUGGCCAACUUUCUAGAGAUUGACGUCUAUGUGCUGGUGGCAUGUCCAGAGAACUCCCUGCUGGACUCCAGUGACUUCUACCGGCCUGUGGUGACACCCUUCGAAAUGGAGCUGGCCUGUAACAGGAGCCGCAAGUGGACCGGUGGGUUCGUCACUGACUUCCAAGAUCUGCUGCCAGGAGGCUGCAGUUAUAUGGAGUGUCCUGAAGCGAACGGCGAGGGAGAGGAAGAGGUCGACAUGUCCCUCAUCACUGGAGCUACACGGCCUACACGUCCGUCUUCAGUGGACCAAGCGGACACUACCUCUCACCUUUCUCUGGUCCAUGAAAACCGAAGUAUUAUAGUGGCGCAAACACACACUGCAGGCUCGUUCCUAUUGAGCCGCUCUUGGCAGGGGCUGGAGCCGAAACUAGGGGAAACAGCAGUGACAAAAGCGGUGGAAGGAAGGAGAGGGAUUGCCAUCGCCUAUGAAGAGGAACAAAAGAGCUGAAGUCAGAAAGUUCCGACAACUGGAAGAGUGAUGUCCGUGUGUCCAGCUGGAACAGUGUACAGUGUACAGCAGUGUUGCUCAAUGUCAGGCAAAGAUUAUGUGGCACAAUGAGAAAUUAUAAAACUAUCUUUGUUGAUUCUCAGAAAGGAACUGGUGAUUUUGAGCUCAUUUACUUAUAAUUUUAAAAAAUGAAUUUAAGAAUAUCUACUUAAAGAGCUGUACUGUUUUGCAAAGUAAUGGAAUGAGUUGUAUUAAGCUGAAAGAAUCUUGUGAAUCUGUUCAUAUUUCCUGCUGUAAGUAGUGAAAUAUAUAGGGCACAAGUCUUGAAGUGGCAUAUCUCAGCAGUCAUUUGUUUUAGUGAAAUUGCUUAUAACCUUGAAUUUGCCUUUGCAUGAACAAGAGUGAAAAAGCUCCACCACCACAAGUGGCUUGUUUGGGUAGGAUUGUGUGAUUCUGACCUGCAUAACCCUGUGUUUUAGGACAUGGAUCGGUCACUGUGGCGUCCCAGGACUGGGCGCAGGUGGACGUUAUGGAAGCUUUUACAAACACAACAGGAAUAUGUAAACAUGUUAAACUAUUUAUUUACUUUUCCUUUUUUAGCAGUUUUUUGUAUGACUUUAACCUUACAGUGUUUCAUUGUUAAAAAUGCAGACUGAGGAGCUCCUGUAGAAAUGUUGGCCCGCUGAGAGUGGAACUGGGUACGAGCAAGGCUGUAUGGAGGGGAGGCAUUGUAGACAUAAAGAGAAGGAAUACACCAGUCCCGCAGAAAGCCUUUAGUCAGUGUGAAUCCCUCAGCUUUACAUUCAUUUGUUUUUCUCUAAACUGACUCACAGCUACUUUGAUUUACCCAUUUAUAUAGCGGGGUAAUUUUUCAAUUCAGCAUAAAUGCCCUGCUCAAGAGUCCUACAGGUUUGAAUCCCACCUCCAGCUGUAGUACUAUUUCGCAGGGUGCUUACCUAAAAUUGCCUAGCUGUAUAAAUGGGUACAUAAUUGUAAAUAGCUUGUCACAAUGCAUCUUCUACCUUCAUUCACUUAGCUGAUGCUUUUCUCCAAAGCAACUUACAGUUAUUUAC